UAGGCGACACACCUUAGCACGUCUCGGCUCGACACCACGCCGCUCAACCGGAAGGAAGGAGCGGCGCCGGCACCUGAGGUCCUGAGCCGCCACGGCGGCGGCGAUCGACGGCUUCUCCUCCACCUCCUCUGAUUUGUCUGAUUGGCGGCACCGCGGCAGUGCUCAGCGAGAGCUCAGAUCAGGAGGGGAAUUAGACGAUGGAUGCCGCCGAGGAGACUACCCAACUGGAGAAGAGACCACGUGUGGAUGUCGACGCACUAGGGCAUUCCCUGGCGCAGGCGGCCACCGUAGCCAAGGUUCUCGAUGACGACAACCUCCUCAGGGAGAUCAUCGUCCGUGUUGGCUUCCCCACCACCCUCGUCCGUGCAGCCCUUGUCUGCAAGCGCUGGCUCGGGCUUGCCUCCGACCCCAAGUUCUUAAGCCAUUUCCGCAAGCUCCACCCACCCCGCCUCCUUGGCUACUACAUAACCGAGCGGUCGGUUUUGAAUGGGCAGCUACAUGCUCCACGCUUUGUCCCGAUGCUGCCUCAACCCCCAGAGCUCACCGCUGUCAUUCGCCGCUUAGAGAGGUACAACUUCCGCGCCCACAUGAUCUUGCAUUGCCGGAACGGCAGCAUCUUCACCAAGCGCCGCAGCGGAGCAAAAAGGACACAUGGCGUGCACCGCCCACUAUGUGCUGAGAAAGUCAUCCAAAUCAUCCGGCCACUACCCCCCGCCCUGGACCAUAAUUACUACAAAUUCAUUGCAGUGUUCUCCAAAGAAGAAGGGAGCGGAUUGUCCUACUUGUAUAUGCUAGCAGGAAAGUCUACGGCGCAAGUAUAUAUGUUGCAAGAUGGAGCCUGGCGCAUGCAUACCUCGGCCUCAUGCCUCCAUGGUGAGCAUUUUGGCUCAAAUGCUCUGCUCGUCGACAACAAAAUUUAUGUGCCGACCGCCAGUGGUGACAACAUUAUAGUCUGGGAUUUGACGACCUCAAGUUUCUCCACAAUUCAGCUCCCACCAGGAGUGAAGUAUCGGAACUUUUUGAGUAUGUUCUCACGGGCAGAUGAUGCUUCCAGUGUAUAUCUCAUCCACGUCGAGAAGUUGCAACUAGCCGUCUGGCUCCACAAGGGGGACAAUUGGUUCCUGGUUGAUACCAUUUGUUUACGUGAGAUGCUUGAUACUUUGGGGAAAGCAGGUCAUAUUCUUGAGAAUGAGCGCGCUUAUAAUGUGCUGAUAACGCAAGUGGGAGACAAUGGCCAGUUUGUAUUCUUACAGAUGUGCCACUGCAUAUUCUACUUGGAUAUUAAGUGCAGGACAAUGUGUAAAGUGUAUAAGAACACGAGGCUUGAUACAUGGGCUAGUUCUAUCCAUCCUUUCAUGAUGAUUUGGCCUCCCACAUUCCCUGCCAUCAAGGACGACCCUGCCAGGAAGCUUUCGGAUGGUUAGUGAAAGUUUGGGCGCCAUCAAGGAAGGGCAGAGAGCUGUGUUUUCUAAGUACCAGUUACUUAUAAUUGUGUUCACUGUCACUUGUACUGGAUAAUUAUGAUACCAUGUAACCGGACCAGGUACUCUUAUGAUAAAUAUAAGUCCUAUAUAUCAUGACCA